UUUGAUAUGAUGAUUGUGAAAUGAACGCUUGAGACUUGAGAGUUGAGGCUAAACUAAAUUGACCCACCUCCAUUUCUUCUUUGAAGGUUCCUACUUCCUAAUCACAAAGUCCUAAUCUUUUACUUCUCUUAACUAUAAUUAUACCUCUAGUUUCUUACUUGAUUCACCUCAUCUUCCUCUUUGAUCCCAUAAACUUCCUCCUUUAUCUCUGCUUCAGGUAAUCUUAAUAUCUUCCCACUUGGUUAUAUAUAUAUAUAUAUAUAUAUUUUGUUUUCCAAGCCAAUUUGCUCUUAUUUUAGUCAUUUUCUAACUUUUGUAGUUUAUUUGAGUUGGAUUUUGCUUAUUUUUGUUGAUUAUUUGAGAAAGACUGGGUCUUGAUUUGGGUUUUUUAGUUUAUCCUGGGUAGUUCUUUCUUUUAUGGGUUAGGGUUUUAAAUUUUUAUUGUUUGAUCUUCAAUUUUUGGGGAUAUUUGGGUUAUUUUCUUUAUAGAAAUAGUGAUGGGUUCUCAGUAUGGUGAAUUCCCUGAAAAUUUUGUCAACUGGCAUCAAACUGUUAAUGGAGUUAUUAUGUCCCCUGGUUAUGAUGAGUCUCUAAAUUAUGCCAAUUUGUUCAACUACAAAGACUCAUCUCAAGACCUUACUUCCUUGAACAUCAUUGACCCUUCAGAUAAUCAAAUUCAACCCAAUUCUAGCUCGUUUUUGGGUACAAGUCAAGGGGUUGAAUUGUUUGAUGAUAGUGAUUCCGAUGGUGUUCUUAAGUACAUUAGCCAAAUACUUAUGGAAGAGGAUAUGGAGCAGAAAACAUGUAUGUUACAUGAUGCUUUAGCUCUUCAAGCUGCUGAAAAACCCUUUUAUGAUGCAUUAGGCAAGAAAUACCCUACUUCCCCUGAUCAACACCCUCGCCUGAAUGAUCACCAUUGGAGUUCUCCUAGUGAUUCUAGUGGUAGCACGUGUAGCUCUAGUUCGAAUUCAAUCAAUUCUGUGGAUCCUACAACACUUGUUGAUUUGAAUGAUCAUUAUAAGCCCUUAGUUAGUCAAUCUCCUCGAAUUAGAUUGUAUUCCCACUCAUCGACCCUUCCUGAUUUGUCAUUUGGAUCAUUGAACUUUGUAAAUGGAAGUGCUUCUAAUGGGUCAUUGAUGUCUUCUCUUAACUUCCCCGUGGGUUUGGAUUUCAUUAAUGAGAAAGAGUCCAUAAUUCAGUUUCAAAAGGGGAUGGAGGAGGCUAGUAAGUUUCUUCCAAAGAACAAUAAUAUUGUUAUUAAUCUCGAGAACAUAACAUUUCCUAAUGAGACGAGAAACGAUACUUCAGCUGUGGCUGUUAAGAAGGAGAAGGGUGAAAACUCACCAGAUGGUUUAAAAGGAAGUAAGAUUCAUUAUCGUGAGGAUGAGGGAUUUGAGGAAGGUAGGAGUAGCAAACAGUCGGCUGUUUCCGUUGAGGAGGCCGAGUUGUCUGAAAUGUUCGAUAAAGUUUUGCUAUGCUCCACCGCGACAAAGGGUUGUUUGUUCAAAGUAAAUCCGGACGAGUGUGUAAACCCUAGUCAUUCACUAGGAUUAGAGGGAGAAGGAAAGGGUCGUCCGAGGAAACAAUCCCAAGUUAACGAUAAAAAUAUGGUUGAUCUAAGGACUCUAUUAGUCCUCUGUGCCCAAUCGACUGCAUCUGAUGAUCGUAGAACGGCUGAAGAAUUGUUGAAGCAGAUUAGGGAAAACUCCUCUGCUGAGGGAGAUGGAUCACAAAGAUUGGCUCAUUAUUUUGCUAAUGCUCUUGAGGCUCGAUUGGCAGGAACUGGAUCUCAAAUUUAUACUGCCUUGAAAUCCAAAAGGACAUCGGCUGCUGAUAUGCUAAAAGCUUAUCAGUUCUUCGUUCGGACUUGUCCAUUGAAAAAGAUUUCCAUUGGUUUUGCAAAUCAUUUGAUUACCGAAAAAAUUGCUGUAAAAGCUUCCAAGCUUCAUGUGAUAGAUUUUGGUAUCCUCUAUGGUUUCCAAUGGCCCGGUCUUAUUCAGCGCUUAUCAUUAAGAGCUGGCGGGCCUCCCAAACUGUGUAUCACUGGGAUUGAUCUUCCUCAGCCUGGAUUCCGUCCAGCAGAACGAGUUGAGGCAACUGGACGUCGCUUGGCAAAAUAUUGUGAAAGGUUCAAUGUGCCCUUUGAAUAUCACGCCGUUGCACAAAAGUGGGAAACAAUUACAAUUGAGGACUUGAAGAUAGAAAGCGAUGCAGUUGUCGCAGUAAAUUGUCUGUACCGUUUUAAGAACCUUUUUGACGAAACAAUAGUAGCUGAUAGUCCCAGAAAUGCGGUUCUUAACUUGGUAAGGAAGAUAAAACCCGAUAUCUUUGUGCACGGUGUUGUGAACGGGUCCUACAAUGCUCCCUUUUUCGUUACGCGUUUCAGAGAGGUUCUCUUUCAUUUCUCCACACUAUUUGAUAUGUUUGAUACUAAUACCACUAGGGAUGAUCCAGAGAGGCUGAUGUUCGAGAAGGAGAGUUACGGGCGGGAGAUAAUGAAUGUUGUGGCUUGUGAGGGAACUGAGAGAGUUGAAAGGCCCGAGACAUACAAGCAAUGGCAAGUGCGGAAUAACAGGGCAGGGUUCAGACAAAUGCCAAUAGACCAGGAUAUCCUCGGCAUGGUGAGGUGCAAAGUCAAGGCACACUACCACCGCGAUUUUGUUAUUGAUGUUGAUGGAUGUUGGUUAUUGCAAGGAUGGAAGGGUCGAAUAACCCAUGCAAUCUCUGCUUGGGUUCCGGCUUAGAUCUUUGAUAGAGCUUCAAUGCAGUAUAAACUAAUCAGUCGAGAAUAAAAAUAUACGGCCUCCUUUGGAUUUGUUGAGAUAUUGUUCGUAUGAUCGAUAAUGGCAUUGCAGCAACGGAAAGGAAAAGUCGAUGAUAUCAAUACGAUGCAGAUGAGUUGUGUGAUGUAGAAAGUGUAAGAUUAGGUUUUUGCAGAUUGUUUGUAUGUUAGCUUUGUUAUUGUUAAUCAGGUGUUCGAUGUUGAUGAUAUGCUUAGGAAGAAUGGACUUCAUUUUGUAUUAGAUUAAGCAACUACUUAUAAUGAAAUCAGAAACUUGAACUGUUAGGCUGUUAUUAUUAGCAAGGAGAAUUGAUGGUUGAUAGGUAAUGUCUAAUAUUAUUGAAAAGUUUAUUUGUA